UGUCUUCAUAUACCUUUCUCCUCUAGUGAGGUUCUCUCCCACACUACAAGACACUUCCUGUUCGGAACCUAUUUCUUCACUACCACUGCCAUUUAAGACCUUGCAUCGAAAAUGCAAGCCCAGUCACCAGUGGUCAUCGUGACUCAGCCUGGAUGUGGUCCUGUACCCCAAAACUCCAACUGGCAGACAGGCAUGUGUGAUUGCUUCAGUGACUGCGGAGUCUGUCUCUGUGGCACAUUUUGUUUCGUGUGUCUCGCAUGUCAAGUUGCAGCUGACAUGAAUGAAUGCUGUCUGUGUGGAACAAGUGUCGCAAUGAGGACUCUCUACCGGACCCGAUACGGCAUUCCUGGAUCCAUUUGUGACGACUAUAUGGUGACCCUUUGCUGUCCUCAGUGUUCUCUUUGCCAGAUCAAGAGGGACAUCAAUAGAAGAAGAGCCAUGCGUACUUUCUAAAAAAAAAAAUUAAUGGUGAAAAGCUUUUUUUGAAGCAACUAAAAUCAGCAGACACUUCUUCAGUUUGAACCCUCUGCCUUUUGCAAAUGAAACAUGACAGAUAUGCUUAAUCACAAUCAAUG